ACAUCCCCUGGGAAAACCCCUAAUCUGUCAUCUGAUCAGAGACAGAAUAAUUAUGUUGACGAUCUUUACUAGAGCCUAACAUGUAGCUCUUUUUUUUAGCCAUCUAGCUGGCCACGUGGCGUGCUAUUUAUUAUUAAAAAUGCCUAAGAUCAAGAUCAAGAGAAAACGUCCAACAAAAGAUGCAGCAAAGCUCCCUCCAGCCGCUCCAGUAGCCGAUGAGGAUACCUCCAGCAGUGAUGACUGCAUGGACAUGUUGGAGGAGGGAUUGCUGGACGAGAGUGUGGAUUUCCUUACAGCACUGAACCCGAAAAUCCUUCUGAGUGUAAGUAAAAAAGACAAAAAGAUGAAGGUUGACAGUGAGAGGCCGUCACAACGUAAACGUGCUCGAAAUGUCGUCGAAUCAGAGGCGGAGUUUGAGACACACCCCCGGGCAUCUGAUUGGACGGAAGGGGAGAAUGAUGUUCACUACUUCCUCCCCCUUAAAGCUGAGCAUGGUCGCCUCAUCCACCAGCCCCCACUGGUAACAGAGCACUCUGUAAACGAGGAACAGUGUGAUCAAUCUGAGCCUGAAGUUGAUGAGGCUGGCACACAAGAGCUUGUGAAUGAGAGACCAGUUGACUCCACUCCUGUUACUGUGGCAGAGUUGUUUGCUCGUAGACAUGAGAAGCUUGCCGAGAAGAGAGUGAAAAUUGCUGAGCUGGCAUCUGGACUCGUGGAGGACCCUGAAACCAAUAUUUCCUACUUAAAGAGUCUCCGCGACCUUUGCACUGAGCGAGAUCCUGAUGUAGCCAUCACCGUGCGUAAACUGGCCAUUGUUUCCCUCACCACCCUCUUCAAGGACAUCGCUCCAAGCUACCAUAUUAGAGAACUGACUGAUGCUGAACAAGCUGUCAAGGUGAAGAAAGAAGUGAGGAAAUUGAGAGGCUUUGAAGAAGGGCUGCUCACCAACUAUCAAGCCUUUCUUUCUCUCUUAGACGACACUGUGAAAUUGGCUCUCAAAGAGGGAGGUGAGUCACAGCAGAAAAAGAGGCGGAGGGAAAGAAACAAACCUCUCGAUGAACUUGACGGGGGACUGACCCUCAGUAGAGAGGCAGUCGAGAGCGUGGGAGAGGUGUCACUGCAGAGUCUCUGUCAGUUGUUGCUCUCCCUCUCUCACUUCAACUUUAGAAACAACCUAUUGGUAGCCCUUGUCCCUAGAAUGGCCUCCAAGGACAAAAAGGUGUCUCAGUUGUGCUGUGAGACAAUGGAGAAGUUGCUUAAAAGCGACCAAAAUGGAGACAUUUCUUUAGAGGCGGUGCAGAUGAUCUCCAAGAUGGUGAAGGCCAAGAGUUACAAAACCAAAACAGCUGUCUUGGACACCCUCCUGUAUCUACAGUUGUCGGCAGUGGAUGAACCAGUUAGUGCAGGUGGUCCUGCAAUGGCCAAAAAGCCCGAAAAAAAGAAGGAGAUGAAGCUAUCCAAAAAGCAAAGAAAGCACCUGAAGGAAGAGAAGAUGUUGAACAGAGAUCUGCAGGAGACCAAUGCCAUAGAGAGUAGGGACAAGAGAGCCAAGAUGCAAACUGAAAUUCUGAGGGUGGUGUUCACAAUGUACUUCCGUAUCCUCAAGCACUCUCGUCACUCCCCCCUACUACGUCCUGUGCUCAGAGGGUUGGCAAAGUUUGCACAUCUGAUUAGCGUGGAUUUCUUCUCUGACCUCAUGAGUGUCCUCCAUUCUCUGGCAGAGUCUGGGGGUCUAUCAAAUAGAGAGUGUAUGCAGUGUGUGUCCACUGCCUUUGAGAUACUGUCUGGCCAAGGUUCCUCUUUGAAUAUUGAUCCACGACAGUUCUAUGUGCAGCUGUAUGGAGCUCUGUUACAGUUAGACACUCGCUCCACUAAUGAAGAUCUUCUUUUGGCCGUGGAAUGUAUGGACAAGCUGAUUCGCAAGAGACGGCAGAUCUCACUUCAGAGGGUGUUUGCAUUUGUCAAACGGCUCUCCACUAUUAGUCUACAGCUGCUACCGGGAGCGUGUCUGGCUGUCAUGACAACCAUAAGAACAUUUAUACAGAGCUAUCAGCAGACUGAGAGGCUGUUGGAUGUGGAGUCGGUGGGAGGAGGGGGCGUGUUUCGACCGGACAUCCCUGAUCCUGAGAUGUGCCACGCCUCCUCGACGCUACUUUGGGAGCUGACUCUACUCAAGCACCACUACAAUGGGGCAGUCCGUAGCUACUCCACCCACCUUCUGGCCGGAGCACCCUCUCAGGGGAAGGGGGCCCUCAAUGCAACACAGUCACGCAAAAGUCCUGCUCAAGCCAUGGGCGAGUUUCCUAGUAACCCUUCGAUUUCUGCCUCUGGGUCAGAAUCGCUAAUGAUGGGAGCCCCCCCACCACUGCCCCAUCCCUGGGACAAGGUGGGUAAGGAACAUUACUACACUGACAAAGGACUCUCCCCACACAUGCUCGACUGUGAACUGAGGGCCAUCAACUAUUCUGAACAACAACAGUGUACAACUCGAUAGAAGAUCCAUUCUUUGCUAUAUUGACCAUCAUGUAAACAAAUAUGGUGCGAAAUAUGUUUGAUUGGACUAACACCAACUUAA